AUGUAUGGUAAUCCCCGAGAUUACGAUACAUUUUCCAUGCUGCGUGCUAGAUCCAAGUCUCUGUUGGAGGAAUGUUAUUCUGCUUUUAUUAACGUAACUGAAGACGCUAUCAAAACGAAUACCAAAGCCUAUUGGAGUUUUGUUAAUAACAGAAAAGCUAAAAAAGGUAUAAGUGCAUCAAGAAGAAAAGAUAUGGAUGCCGUUAUGCCUCCGGUUUCAUCGAUGACCUUUACGCUCAACAACGGCAAUAAGUUGCCUGCAGUUGGAUUGGGCACAUAUAGGGUGCGCCAACCCGAUGUUAUCGUGCAGGCUGUGGAUGAAGCUCUGGCAGCUGGUUAUCGUUUAUUUGAUACUGCAGCAGUAUACGGCAACGAGGGGGCUCUGGGCGAUGCUUUUAGAAAAUUGCUCCCUAAGUAUAAUUUGGAAAGAGAAGAUAUA